AGCUCAGUCGCUCUUGCGGUGACGGUUUACAGAAAACGUCAAACAUCUGAUUUGCGCAAGGUUUGAUAUGUAAUGCACUGAAACGAAACAAUUCGACAAUCUAUGUUGUAUGAAUUGUACCUUUGCCUUUUCAAAGGAUUCAUCCACACCGAAUUAUGGAAGACCAAACAACUCCUGUUCGUGAACAUCACAUGUUCAACAUUGUCAGUCUUCAGCGAUAUCUAGCAGGAAAGACAUAAGGAGUGUCCAACAAUGACAAGCUCACUGUCUGACAAUGCAGGUGUACCAACUCCUGAGGACCUGAUCUCCAUCUACUGCCGCUGCCGAGGGAUCCCAUCCUCUCUGCCUCAGGGCGUCUAUGUCCGCCACGUCCUGGGCAAUGCCAGUGCUCCGAAUGCUGCCCAGUUUGGCCAGAGUGUGGAGCCGUUGGCCCAGGUUGGGCUGCAGAUUGCAGAAAGGAGGUGGUGGCCCACUGGAAAGCAGAGUGUGGCCUGGCCAUAGACUAGACUCUCCUGCUGACCCUGCAUUCUGCUCACACCCUGGAUACGCUGGGCAGCAGGACCGCCAGGAAACAGCUAACACACACCUAAUUAGCAGAACAAACCGUGUAAUUGUCUCCCAAAUUGUCUCCCAAACUGUUAUGUGACAGUUUUAAAUAUACUGGUCUAUAUAUAUAUAGACUGGUGCCCCGUGUAUAUAGACAAGACUCAUUAUGUAUCAUUACUUUUAUUACAUUUAGUACUUUUCUAUUAUUUCUCUAUUAUCUUUCUCUCUGUAUUGUUGGGAAGGGCCCGUAACUAAGCAUUUAACUGUUAGUCCACACCUGUUGUUUACGAAGCAUGUGACGAAUCAAUUUGUUAUUUCAUUGAUUUGAUACUAAAUGUACCAUUGCCUGUUUGAAACAGACCCCCUCGGUAUAUAAAUGUGUGUCUGAAACCGUCAGAAGAUGUCAAUGAAUUGUGAAUAUGAAUUACAGCCUUCUGCUUCCUGCUUGGAAAGGUCAGUCUGA